GACAGAGGGCGGGCGACUCCGGGUCCAAAAGGACGCCCCAGCCCGCGACCGCCGAGGGGGAGAGCGGGAAGGGACACCGCGAUUGAUGCUGUGUCUGUAAGAAGACUGGCACAGUUGAUUGCUACCUGUGACCAUUUCUCUUUACGGCUGAUUUGACACAAAAGUCUUUGAGGAAAGUGCAUUAAGGAUGGCAGAAGCCGUCGUGAUUGAUCUCUUCGGUUUAAAAUUGAACUCACAGAAAAUCUGCCAUCAGACAUUACUGAAGACAUUGAACGGUAUCCACCACCACCAUGCCCCCAAGGCCAAGCUCCUUUGCAUAAUGUGUGGUGGUAGUGUCACCAAAGAAAGGGACCAUGAAAACGGUCUUUCUGACAUGGAAGCAGGAAAUGGAUUUCCACUUCUCACGAGAGAUUUUGAGAUUAUUAGCAAUUCCAGUAUGGCAGCCUCUCUGUAUACAAUUAAACAAAAAAUUGAUGAAAAAAAUCUGAGCCACAUUAAGGUGAUUGUACCCGAGCACAGGAAAACGUUUGUGAAGGCUUUUAUCGAUCAGCUCUUCACUGAAGUCUAUGAUUUUGAAUUUGAAGAUUUACAGGGAGCUUGGGGAGAGAGCCUGUUGAAACUGUCCACUGAAAUAAACGUACCCACAGCUCAUCAACUAGAGGAAAUCCAAAGUGAAAUAGAAGCGUACUUGAGAAGCCUGCCGACCCUGAAAGGGGACUUAACUAUUAUCACAUCUCCGUUGAUCCCAGAUACCUUCAUCCAUGGAUUUACGACAAGGACAGGUGGCAUAUCCUACAUCCCAACCCUUAGCUCCCUCAAUCUUUUCAGUAGCUGCAAACGGAGAGAUCCCAAAGUAGUUGUUCAAGAAAAUCUUCGUAGGUUGGCGGAUGCUGCAGGAUUUAAUGCAGAGAAGUUUUACCGAAUAAAGACGGAUCACGCCAAUGACGUGUGGGUCAUGGGGAAGAAGGAGCCUGAAUCCUAUGACGGGAUAGUCACAAACCAGAGCGGAGUCACAAUCACAGCUCUCGGUGCCGACUGCAUUACUAUAGUCUUCGCAGAUCCUGUGAAAAAGGCGUGUGGGGUUGCUCACUCUGGCUGGAAAGGUACUUUGCUGGGCGUAGCUAUGGCUACUGUGAACGCUAUGACCGCAGAGUACGGCUGUAACCCGGAAGACAUCCGUGUUGUUCUGGGGCCUUCAGUAGGCCCCUGCUGCUUCGCUCUCCCCAGAGAACAGGCAACCUCAUUUCACGAUCUUCAUCCCUCGUGUGUGCGACGGUUCGACUCACUGAAUCCCUAUGUUGACAUCCGAAAAGCUACCAGGAUUCUUCUAGAACGGGGAGGAAUUCUUCCACAGCAUAUUCAUGACCAGAAGGGAGAUCUUGAUCUCUGCACAUCCUGCCAUCCUGAUAAGUUUUUCUCCCAUGUUCGAGAUGGGCUUAACUUCGGUACACAGAUUGGCUUCAUAUCCAUCAGAGAAUGAGAUUAAUAUUGUAAAAAUGGCCACACUUCCAAAAUCAGUCUACAGAUUGAAUAUGAUCCCUACAAAAAUUCCAACACAAAUUUUCACACGGAUGUUGAAAGGACAAAUUUUAGCUCCAUAUGGAAAUACACACACACAUAAAAGGAAAAAAACCAACAUAGCUAAAAUAAUCCUGAAUAAUAAAAUACUGUUGGAGCUAUCAUCAUCCUGGAUUUCAAGAUGUGCUACAAAGCUACAGUGAUAAAAAAAAAAAAAAACAGCUUGGUGUCUGCAUAAAAACAGACAAAUUGAUCAAUGGAAUAGAAUUGAAGACCCAAACAUAAAUCCACACACUUAUGAACAUCUAAUUUUUUUUAUAAAAAGGCCAUAAAUACACGGUGGAAAAGGAGCAACCUCUUCAACAAAUGCUGACGGUCACACUGGAUGACUGCAUGUAGAAGAAUCAACAUAGAUCCGUACUUAUCAUCCUACACAAAAAUUAACUGCAAAUGGAUCAGAGCCCUCAACAUAAAACCACAUACACUGAGCCUAAUAGAAGAGAAAGACAAGAAAUGGACUUGAACUCAUCGGCACAGGAAAAGACUUCCUGAACAAAACACUAAGGCACUAAGAGCAACCAUAAAUGUGCCCUCACGAAACUGAAAAGCUUCUGCAUGGCAAAGGAGGCUGUCAUCUGGACAACGCAGCAGCCUACAGAGUGGGAAAAACUUUCCACCAACUCCACAUCCAAUAGAGGGAUAAUAUCCAAAAUGUAUCAAGAACUCAAGAAAUUCGAUUUCAAAACACCAAAUAACACAAUUUAAAAAAUGUGUACAGAUCUAAACCAUUUCUAACUAGAGGAAACUCAAAUGGCGGGGAAACAUUUAAAGAAAUGUUCAACAUCUUUAGUCAUCAUGGAAAUGCAAAUCAGAACCACCUUGAGAUUCCAUAUUACACCUAUCAGAAUGGCUAAGAGCAAUAAUACAAGUGACAGCUCAUGCUGGCAAGGAUAUGGAGCAAGGGGGCACUCCUCUCGCUGGCGGGAGUGUAAACUUAUACAGCCACUAGGUAUGGAGGCUGAGGACAACUUUCAGUAGUCUCCUCUUGUCUACCGCCAUAGGCUUCCAGAGAUCGAACUGAGCUUAUUAAGGUUGAUGGCCAGAGCCCUUACCCACUGAGUCAUUUGUAUAUUCUUCACUCUUUACAAUGACUUUAGUUUUUAAUGUACUUUAUGAUUCCUACCUCGAUGUUCUAAGAGUGUUAGUUAGGAGUUCAUGUUUGAUUUCUGUGUGUUUUACAGGUUCUUGACUGAAAUUUUGCAUCACCGUUUCCUGCAUCCUUCCACACUGCUUGCAAAAGAAAAUUUUAGCUUUUUGAUUCAUAUAAAACCAAGAGAGUUACAAAACAUAAUUCACCUUUAGGGUAUAUUUUCCCUGUGACCCACAACAAGAUGAUCUUAGUUUAAUUCUUAUGAUAACUAAUAAAAGAAUCAAUGUGAUGUUA